CGCUGCCCGAGCUGCCCGUUCCCCCCUCUCUCUCUCUACCAAGUACACCCCCUUCCUCCCCUUGCCGUCGCAUUUUCUCUCUCCUCGCUUUCUCCCCUCUUUUCUCUCGGUCUCAGAUCGCGAAAUUCUCGACUCAAAUCUCUCUCAAAUUCCCUCGAUUUCGCCGCCAAUUUCCCUCUCCUCUCCCUUGCCCUUUCCCCUCUCUUACCGGAUCCUCCGAAUCCGCCGCCUUCGGUCCGAUCCCAAUCCCUCGGGGGUUGAAAUUAGGGUUUUGAGGUGACUAUCGCCGGUUGGAUCUAGGGUUUUGCGAGGUGCACCAGCUGAUGCUAUUUCAGCGCCGAUUUUGAUUCUAGGGUUUCUAGUUUGGGGGAAAUAGCUGGAAUUGAUGGUUCUAAAAAGGAGGGAAGACGAUGAAGGGAUAUGCAUGGAAGGGAAAGUGAGGAUUGGAAACGACGGAGGCGGCACAUGUGGCGUGUCCCUGCUCCGGCACCACCAGUAGUAGUAUCGUCGUCGUCGUCGACCCCGGCUGAUUUGUGGAUCAAGAGCUCUGUCGAUUCUUUUCUCAAGGACGGUCGCAAAAUUUGUAUAGGUGAUUGUGCACUUUUUCAGGCUGGCAAUGCCCCACCUUUUAUUGGAAUCAUACGGUGGUUCACAACAGACAAGGAGGAUUGUCUUAAAUUAUGUGUAAAUUGGCUUUAUCGACCUGCUGACAUCAAGCUCGUGAAAGGCAUACUACUAGAAGCAGCACCAAACGAAGUUUUUUAUUCAUUCCACCAGGACGUGAUAUCCGCUGCUUCAUUGCUUCAUCCGUGUAAAGUUGCUUUCCUCCGCAGGGGUGUUGAACUUCCACCAGGGUUGUCAUCAUUUGUGUGUAGGCGAGUGUAUGACAUUGCAAACAAGUGUUUAUGGUGGUUAACAGACCAGGAUUAUAUCAACGAGCGACAGGAAGAAGUAGAUCAUUUAUUGGACAAGACACGAGUAGAAAUGCAUGCAGCAGUGCAAUCAGGAGAUCGUUCUCCAAAACCAUUGAAUGGUCCAACAUCAACUCAGCAGUUAAAAUCAGAUACUGAGAGUCUGCAGAAUAGUAGCAGUUCCUUCCCUUCACAGGUUAAGGGAAAGAAGAGGGAGAGAGGGGGUGAUCAGGGAACAGAACCUAUUAAGCGAGAACGUCCUACUAAGCUGGAGGAUGGUGAAUCUGCCAGUUCUAGACUCGACAAUAUGGCAAAAGCUGAGAUUGCAAAAAUAGCAGAAAAAGGGUCGCUAAUAACUACAGAAGGUGUUGACAAGCUCGUGCAUCUUAUGCAACUGGAUAAAAAUGAGAGAAAAAUUGAUUUGUCUGGUAGGAUAUUGUUUGCAGAUGUGAUUGCAUCUACUGAUAGAAUUGAAUGUCUCGGUAGGUUUGUUCAGCUUAGGGGUGUGCCUGUUUUGGAUGAUUGGCUUCAGGAGGCCCACAAAGGUAAAACUGGUGAUGGGAGUAGUCCUAAGGAAAGUGAUAAAGGCACCGAGGAGCUACUCUUGGCUCUGCUUCGAGCACUUGAUAAGUUACCUGUAAAUCUUAACGCUUUACAGACUUGUAACAUUGGCAAGUCGGUGAAUCACUUGAGAACUCAUAAAAACCUUGAAAUCCAGAAGAAGGCACGGAGCCUUGUUGACACUUGGAAGAAACGUGUUGACGCAGAAAUGAAACGUGUUGACGCAGAAAUGACAAAGAUCAAUGAUGCAAAAUCUGGUGGAUCUAACCAAGCUAUGACAUGGCCCGGGAAACAAGGGUUUUCUGAAGUUUCUCAUGGAGGAGGCAAGCGGUCUGGGUCGGUUGAAACAAUUACGAAGCCCCCUGGCACUCAGACAUCCACAUGUAGAACUGUAGUUGGUAAACCUGGUCAUGCUGAUGCUAUUGUGAAGUCGACGCCAGUAGCACAAGGAUCUCUGAAAUUGUCGUCAUCAGCAUCUUUGCCUGCUUCUGUGUCAAUUAGCUUGAAGGAUUCACCAGGCAAAGGAGCUGGUGGCAGUGGAAACUCAGAUUUGCCACUGGCAACUGUGAAAGAGGAGAAGAGUAGCAGUUCCAGUCAGUCCCAGAACAAUAGUCAGUCUUGCUCAAGUGACCAUGCUAAGAGAAUGAGUUCUUCGUGGAAAGAAGAUGCUAGGAGUUCUACUGCAGGGUCAAUGAGUGCUAACAAGACCUCUGGUGGUUCUUCUCGCAAUCGAAGGUCAAGUAAUGGAUUGUUGGCAAGUGGUGUUUCUGGAGUUCAGAAGGAAACUAAUUUGGUUAAGGCUGUCUCUGUUAACAGGAGUGCACCUAUGGAUAAAGUCUCUAGUCAGUCUGGAUUGUCAUCUGAGGCUGGUGCAGAUCAUGGCAACAGCCACAGGUUGAUUGUUAGGCUUCCUAAUCCUGGCCGUAGCCCUGCUCGAGGUGCUAAUGGAGGUUCUCUUGAGGAUCCUUCAAUCCCAAGUAGCAGAACAUCAUCUCCUGGUGCCUCUGAUAAACAUGAUCAAACUGACCGGAAAAUAAAACUUAAAGGUGAUGCAUAUCGGUCUCAUAUAUCAGCAGAUGUGAAUGCAGAAUCUUGGCAGAGCAAUGAUGUAAAAGAAGCACUGGUUGGGUCAGAUGAGGGCGAGCGUUCGCCGGCAACUGUUCUUGAUGAAGAGAGGGGACAAGAUGCCCCGAGACCUGCAUGUUCGUCAUCAGGUAAUGGGAAGGGGGUUUUCUUAACUGAACCCAAAUCAAGGGAUUCAUUCAGCUCCAUGAAUGCCUUGAUAGAAAGCUGUGCCAAGUACUCUGAGCCUAGUGCUCUUUCAGCAGGGGAUGAUAUAGGGAUCAAUCUGCUUGCAAAUGUUGCUGCUGGAGAAAUCUCGAAAUCAGACUUGGUUUCCCCCUCUGCAUCUCCAAGAAGGUCCCCUAAAGAGGAGCAUAGCGAGGUUAAGUCAAGAUUUUCAUGUGAAGAUGGUGGGGGUCAGAACGAUGGCCACUCUGAUGAAAAUGCAGAUUUUGACUCCACAAAGCAGGGGAAGGACGUAGCUCCACUGCUUUCUAGCGAGAAGUUACAGGAGACAAGCUUGCGCCCAUCAGGUGACAGAAAAAUUGUCUCCCUUAUUCAGGAAAAUAAAUUGAAAAAUAUGAAGGGAGCAGUGGAGAGCAAGGGAGCCAAUCAGUCAGCAGUGGAUGAUAAGAAGCAAGUUGAUUGCACUCAUGAGAAGAUUGCAGACAGCACUGCAAAACAUUCCAAUUUAGCUGGGAGCUCUUUGGGUGAAAAUCCCAUGACUGGUGAAAAACCUGAGAAGUUGGUAGCUGAGGAGUCUUCACCUGACAGCCCUAUAGUCAAUGAGGUGCCUAGUGAUGCCACCUUAGCUAAUCAGCCGCAACUUCCCAUUGAAGAAAGUCAUUCCCUGACUUCUGAUAGAAAUGGCAAUGAUGCUAAACCGUCCUCUACUGAUAAGUUUUCUUGUUUGGAAACUGCUGAUGUGUGCACAAGUAGAAAAUCAGAUGGAUUUAAGGAUGAUAACUUGAAACCUGCUAAUAGUGCGAGGAAAGAGCAAACUGCUCUUGCUUCUAGAAGUAAUGAGCAGGCUGGGUCAGCUGCUGUGUCCCCAAACACCAUUUCUGGGAUUGGUGUGAUUUUAGAAAGAAAGGAGGCUCCCACAGAAGAAUCUGAUAAAUGUGCAAAAUCUGUUGCUUCUAAGUUAUCCGGGGCUGAUCCGGAUAAAAAGGAGAAAACUACUUCUGCUGAUGUAUCAUCAGUUUUGGUUACUUCUGACGCUGACAAUGGAGCCAAACUUGAUUUUGAUUUAAAUGAGGGCUUUUCUGGAGAUGAUGGUAACCAGAGCGAACAUGUCAUCUCUGCUGCGCCGGUUUCUUCACCCUCAGUUCAUUUGCCUGCUAUAUCUCCCUUUGCACCAGCUACGAUCACAGUGGCUGCUCCUGCAAAACGUCCAUUCGUGCCACCUGAAAACUUGCUGAAGAGUAAGGGAGAGCCUGGGUGGAGAGGUUCAGCUGCUACUAGCGCAUUUCGCCCGGCAGAACCUCGAAAAGUACUUGAGAUGCCACUCAAUACUUCUGAUGUGAAGUCAGCAGAUUCUGCUGGUAAGCAGAGUCGCCCCGCUUUCGAAAUUGAUCUUAAUGUUGCUGACGAGAGGGUUCUUGAAGACCUAGCCUCACCGAGCUCUCCACAGACCACCGGCUCUGAGUCAGGGGUCAUUAGUAAUCGUGAUGCACCUACUCGUAGCGCUGGAGGACUAGAUCUUGACCUGAAUAAAGUCGAUGAAAGUACAGAUAAUGGGCAGUUCUUGGCUAGCAGUAGUAGUAGAUUGGAAACGCCAAUUAUGUCUAUGAAACCAAUUUCUCGAGGAUUCCCUAAUGGCGAGGCGAAUAUGUUUAGGGAUUUUGACCUCAAUAAUGGACCAGGAGUUGAUGAAGUGGGUACAGAUACUCUCCCAAAAAAUCAACAUGCAAAAAAUAGUAAUAAUAUGCCGUUCUUGCCCCAAUUUUCUGGCCUCAGAAUGGGCAAUACAGAAAUAGGAAAUGUUUCAUCAUGGUUCCCUCCUGGUAACUCCUAUCCUGCUGUUGCAAUACCGUCAUUUUUGCCUGAUAGAGGAGAGCAGACUUUUCCUAUUGUCACAGCUCCUGGAUCCCAGAGGAUUUUGGGUUCAGUUUCAGGCGGUGGAACUUUUGGCGGUGAUGUUUACAGAGGCCCAGUGCUUUCAUCAUCCCCUGCCAUGACAUUUUCGCAUGCUACAUCAUUUCCUUAUCCUGCUGGAUUCCCUUUCGGCUCUAGUUUUCCUCUCACUUCAACCUCUUUUGAUUCUCCUAGUGCAGCUUCUUGCUACCCUGCAAUUCCUUCUCAGCUUGUGGGUCAAGCAGCUGCUGUGUCUUCUCAUUACGCAAGGCCAUACAUGAUAAAUUUACCAGAAGGAAGUGCGAGUGCUGGACAAGAGAGCAUUAGGAAAUGGAGCAGGCAAGGUCUCGAUCUCAAUGCAGGUCCUGGGGGAGGUGGGGAUGUAGAUGUGAAAGAUGAGCGACUACCUUCAUCAUCAUCACGACAGCUACCUGUUUUUAGUUCCCAGGCAUUUGUAGAAGAGCAGGCUAGGAUGUACCAUCAGGUUUCAGGUGGUGGCAUCAAAAGGAAGGAUCGAGAAGGAGGCUCUUGGGAUGAAAGACUUUACAAGCAAUCCUCUUGGCAGUAGUGAUACAAGAAAAGGAUGUGUUCAUCUUUGACAGUAUCUGGCACAGGGCGGGUGUAGAGUCAGUUCUCAUGCUUGGUCACUAAAUUUAUACAAACAACACAUGGCAUGCUUCACGGUGUUUCCCUUGGGGAUGGCUUGGAACUCGAGAAGAAAUCAAAUUUUACUGUAAUUCUUGUAAAUGUUGAGAUCAUGCUCUCCCCUGAAAUGAUUUUCAUAGUUUCAGUAUGUGUUGCUACCGAGAAACUGGUGGAAGGCUUUCCAUGCCUCAAGGAUAAAGGAUGGUAAGGAUUAUCAUCCUCCCAUGUUCUUUUUUAUGCACUUCGCCCGGGUAUGGGAUUGUAAUUAAGUUUGGUGAGUUUGCCCAGAUGUUUGGGAACAUUCUUAAUUUUGUAGUUGGAUGGAUAAUGUAGGGUAGUUCCUUUGUAUAGAUAUUGACUGUUGACACACAUAUCUGCGACAUAAGUUAGGUUGGCGUGUUCAGUUAGGAACUUUACUGCCCUGGAAAAAAAAACAUGCUUCCGUCUGGCAUCGAGCUCACCUCUUAUUAUACAUGGAGUGCCCCGACAAACGAGAUUGUAUUUUUCGUGGUCCGAGUAUGUAGCAUAUGUGUUUCCCCUAUCUUCAUUCUUGCACUUUAGUGGUUUUGAUUGUCUUAUAACUGACAAUUUCUCUCUUUCUCAUUCUGUGAUUGUUUGCAUUCCCAACUUGAAUAGUUUUUGCUGUUGGUUUCGAUU